UUUUGAAAAGGAGGUGUCUGUUGUUGUGGUCCUUUUAGUGAAGAAAAAAAUAUCAAUUAUGGCUGAGGUGAAGCCAGGCGGUCAGGCAGCUUCAGAGCUGUCAGAGGCAGCUCAGUCUGAGCUGCUGGAGCUGUGCGAGGAGCAGUUUGCUCAGCUGGAAAAGCUUCAGAAUGAGAUCAUACUGAGUGAACCAGAUUUCUGUGAGAAUCCACAAGAGCAGUCAGUGAAUCGACUGAUGGCAACAGAAGCUGAACUGAAGCAGUGGCUGACAGUGGAGCCGAAAUUGCUGGCAGCAAAUUCUGAAGUUUUACUUCAAGCUGGAAAAGAGGAGAUGCUCAAACUGUGCUCUGAACUUGAGAUGGUUGUUUCUUGCUAUGAAGCAAAAAGAGACAAACUGAGAGAAACUAAAGAACUUGAAGAGAAGUGGCUGGAGGAGAAGAAGCAGGUGCUGACAGCUGCCAGUGAUCAUGUUGAACAACUUCAAAUGGAAAAGGAGAAAUUAUCUGAGCACAGUGUACUGCAAGACACCAAGGAAAAAAUCCAAAAAAUGAAGGUGUACCAGGAGAGGCUGAUGGAGUCUCUGGGGGAUGUUCUGGAGAAACAUGUUCCUCUCCCUCAGAACGAAAACAGUACAAACAAGAAGAAGAACAUGGAACUGGGGUUAAAUGAAGACUUGAUUUCACUCAAUGAAAUUCUGGAGGUGCUAAUGAACAAGGUCCUUAACGCACCACACGACCCCUAUGUGACAAUAGAUAACACAUUCUGGCCACCGUACGUUGAGAUGCUUCUCCGCUAUGGGAUUGCAGUGAGGCACCAAGAGAAUAACUUCAAGAUCCGCCUGGAAACCUUCUUUUAAAGCAGCGGUGCAUUAGCCAUUUCAAGCACCACUUAUCUACCAGUAUUUCCAAUUUGAGUCUCCUUGUACAGUGCUAUCACUGUGUAUAUUUAUGUAAGCUGAUAUGAGGACUAACUAUGCUGGGAAAGCAGCAAGGCUAAUGAUUUAUUGUAUGUAUAUGUCUCUGGUAGAGAGCAUUACAAAAUGAGUAAUUUAAAGUUGCCCAUUUUUUAGGUUAAGGACUCUUGUAUGUACAGAGUAACAAUGGAUCCUUUUAAAAACUCCGAGAGCAUCUAAAUUCAAGUUAGGAAAGUUCUCCAACGUAUUAGAAAUAUAUUUCGACACUUUUCCACCGAGCACUGUAAAUUAUUUUGAACUUUGAACGUAAACAGAUUAAUCCUCAGUAGGGUUGAAAGUCUUCUCUUGACUACAUAUUUCCUUUGUUCCUUUUCCUACUUGUUUUCAUUUGUGAGGUUUGAUCAGUAAUGAGUUAUGUACAGUAUGUUAGUAUUUAUCUGUGUUCUUUAAAUUGCUCUUAAAUUCAGUUCUAUAAAGUUCACCAAAUGUUUGUAUUUUUAGGUCUUCAGAUACACAUAAACCUGUAUAUAUAUAUAUGCAUUUUUUUAUUCAUUUGUUUGUAUAUAUAUUUUAUGUUCAUGUUUAAUAAACUUGGGAACUGCA